AUGAGUUACGGCGCGGGUGGAUCGAGUUGGAAUGGAGGCGGUCACACAAGCAGCGAAGAAGAAGAUGCCAUCAUUGAGUACAUGGCUGCUACCCUUGAUUUCAAUGAGAGGGCACCAAGGAGAAUACCGGUGCAAACCGGUAUCAGUUGGAUGAUGGACACGAUGGCAAAUCGAAGCCAAUGCAGGGCAAUGUUCAGGCUUACUGCAGAGGAGAUACACAAUUUGCAUGAUCUAUUGGUCACUUCUUUUGGUCUUGUAGGAACAGCAGGGGUCUGUUCCAUGGAAAAGCUUGGUAUUUUCUUGUACACGAUGGGUGGAAAUCGUCCAAUCAGAGACGCGAACAAUCGGUGGGUCCGCUCCAACUCGACAGUGUCGGUUCACUUCCACCAUGUUUUGCAGGCUAUGAAUGAUCUCGCUGGGAAAAUAUUGAAACCGGUUGAUCCCAACUUCUUAGAUUACAACCCUCAGAUUCUGCAAGAGAAUCCUUUCAAGCCUUUCUACCAAUCAGUGGGAGCUGUCGAUGGCACACAUAUUCCAGUUCUGCCUAAUGCAGCUAGCGCUAUGCAACACAGGAACCGUCACCACAUAACAACCAGAAAUGUUCUAGUAAUAUGUGAUCAUGAUGGGAGAAUUAUUUUCUGUGAUGCUGGCUGGCCUGGAUCAGUUCACGACCAAAGGAUUCUCAAUGAGGCAGUGCAGGCUUACCCCUACGAUUUCCCACGGGUACCGUUAGGCAGGUACCUACUUGUCGACUCCGGAUUUCCUACCAGGAUGGGCUUCCUUGCACCGUACCCACAUGUACGGUACCACAGGGAUCAACUUGCGGUCGAGGGAGCCCCGCCACCCGUAGGACGGGAAGAGACUUUCAACCAUCGACACUCCACGUUGCGAGGGAUCGUGGAAAGACAAUUUGGCAUCGCAAAAAAGAUGUGGAAAAUAUUGAAAGAAAUCCCUUAUUACCGAGAUGAGGACAUCCCUGCACGCAUCAUUCAUGCAGCUUUCGCUCUACACAACUUUAGGUUGGAUAGUAAAGAUCCGACCUAUCGGUUCACUAAUGCUCUCUACAACGGCAAUCCAGUGCCGCUGCUGAACGAUUCAUUCGACCAUAUGUAUUACGCAACAAAUAGCGAGGCCGCUAUGUGCAUGUUGCGUGACUGUAUUGCUGAUGAUGCGUACAAUAACUACCAUUAG